AUGACAAUCUCCUCGAGCCUGGGGGAUAUAUGCGCCCGGGCCAGGACACGCUCAAGGAAUCUUCUUUCGCUGGCUGUCAUCGCUUCCUUAGCAACAGCAGCAUCGACACCUCCGUCAGCUCUGCCUUACGUCCCGACGACCAUCUUACUCCCCGGCUCCUCUGGCUUCAAUCUGCCCGCCCAGCGCGACGAGGACAAAGUAGCCUAUAUCUUCCGCCCGACGUCGGAGAGCUCUGUUGAUUUCCUGGCCCUCGACAUCUCCUCAACACUUUCCGCCUCGUCCCUCCGCCUGGAGACACUAACUUCUGGCCUGCCCUUCCUCAAAGGGGCCACCAAAACGACGACUUUCACGCCCUCAUUACUCAGCAGCCGGACAGUUGCCGCAUAUGUGGGAGACUGCGCCUCCCAGUCCAACACCUCGGCUGUUUGGACAGCUGCACUGCCCGACUCUGCUCCUCGCAAUGCCAUGAUUAAAUGGGAUUCCGAUGGAGCCCCGGAUGCCACCGGCGCGGCUUUUGCGCAUUCCUGCAAAGGGCCCAUGUUCUUAGGAGGCGCCAUGAGUUUUUCGGCUCAGCUUUCUCCAACGGUGUCAUCACCGUCUGUUUACUAUUAUGGUGGCAUGUGUCCUUUCACGAACCAAUCCGGAACUGACUGGACCAAGAGCGCCACAUACUCGAACCACGUGCUCAAACUUGGCCUCCCGGCAGAUAAUGCUUUUAACAUAAGUCCUAUCGUCACCACCGGCCGCUCGCCAGGUGCUCAAGCUGGUUUCACGCUCACAUCGUUGACACCCUCAAUCUCUAAUCGCGGUGAUGUGGUCACGCAGCAGCUCGACAGCGUCAUGUUGGGGGGUCACAGCACCCUUGGUUAUAUCGACAUGGGAGAGGCUGCCAUCUGGAGCGUCCCCCAGGAAACGUGGAAACUGAUCAAGGUGGCGCAGCCCAAUGCCGGCAGGACGGAACUUGCGGUUAAAAAAAACGAGCUCCCCGACCAGGUCGAAAGCCGAUCUGGCCAUACCACAGUCUUGAGCGCGGAUGGGAGGAAGCUUGUCGUUCUCGGCGGCUGGGUCGGCGAUAUAAAGAGAGCCGCUCUCCCACAGCUUGCGAUACUGGAAGUUGGUGCCGACUUCAGCGAGUGGAAGUGGACAAUUCCUGCCGAACAGCCCCAGGGUCAGGCCAUAUUUGGGCACGGCGCUGCCGUCUUACCAGGCAACAUAAUGAUGGUAUAUGGCGGCUACUCGAUCCCGCCAGAAACCCAGGAUUUGGCCUCCUCGCGGCUGAAGCCCAGGCAGGCAGGGGCAAGCGGCGAAAUACCAAUGUUCCUCAAUAUCAGCUCAAUGACCUGGUCCAACGAGUAUACUAAUCCUGAACGCCCCGUGGGCUCGGGCGAUGGACAAGGCAGUGCACAAGAAGUAAGGAGAAGUAACCUUGGACUGAGCUUGGGCCUGGGCCUAGGUCUAGCUCUGGGUCUCAUCGCCCUUGCGGUCGUGGCAUACUUCCUCUGGCGAAAGCGGCAGCGCAACCGCCGUCGCGAUUCAGCUGUGCGUGCACUGGCUCAAGAUGCCAGCAUGUUCCUUCCGCAAAGCGACAUGCUGGAGUGCGACGAUGCCAGGUUCAGCAGGGGCUGGAACUCGGCACAGGCCUACGAGUGGUACACGGGAGGCGGCGACCCGUUCCAGCGAGCCGCCAGGACCCGUCUUACUUCUCCCUCUGUGGGUUACGAAAGCUUACGCGGAGCAUCGGGCCCGGAAAGCUUCUCUGAAUUGACGCAAAAGGCAGUGACGCGCAAGCCUGUUGCUUCAAGGAGUCUAGGUGGUCACGUUUAUAUGCCGCCUCCCCUCGACUUGAGCCCUCGGAACCGGGGGGCAACCGAAAUGAAUGUGAUCCAUGAGGCUGAUGAGGAAGUCGAGGCUCCUAUUGCAGAACCACCAUCCUCAGGUGCUGUUGUGGUCCAGACAAGACCGAUUUCUCAGGAAAGCGAUCCAUUCCUAACUCCAACGACUUCCAACGGGUUCAACGUAGCGUGGAGGCAGGAAGACUCGCCCAGGCCAUCUACAGGGCCAGGUUAUACUCCAGAUGUCCAGCAGUGGGUGCAGGAGGCUGAAGAGAUAGAUGCCGAAGUGGUCGCCCGCAUCCCAUCACUGAGAUCGAUGCCGCGCACUACCACUAUCACAACAUCUGUACCGCUUCAAGAUUCUCGCCCCAGCAGCCGCUCGCCGACUCAAAGGAGUCCACCAUCCCGUGCAUUAGACGGCGGAAACGAAGCGCCUUCAGCUAACCUCAUGGAGCAAGGCGCUAUUCAAAGCUUAUCCAGGCCCGGGUCCAUCAGGUCUCCCCCGGAUCACGCGCGCGGUAUUACGGGCGCCCUGGUCGCCCCGGUCGGCAACAGCAGCGAAGAUAAAAACCAGGAGAGAAGCUCCGGAGAAAGCAGUGGUGACGGUGCAUAUAAGACAGCGAAUUCAAGCUUCUCGGCUCUGCAGGCCGAGGGCCCGGCGCUUCUGGCUGGCAGUUCCGCAGCAGCAGCAGCAGCUAGCGUCAACAGCAAUCAAAGAAGAAGCCUGAUUGGCGGAACCUCGCCUUCGCAAGACGACGACGACUAUGAUUUUCAGCAGGGCAGCCCCAGCAAAAUGAAGAGACGCGCCUCCUGGUUUGGUCUCGGCACCCUUGGCAGCCUACGGAGGGCAGUGAGCUCAUCAGGACGUAGGGAUUCUGCCUCCGACGCGGCAGCCAGGGACGGAGGAGGCAAGACGAGCAGUUCCGAGCGUGGUGUCUGCCAUGAUCCUGGCCACGGCGGCGCCGGCAUCGUGUCACGUCGCCGCAGACAAGGCCGGGAAGCGUGGGAGGUCGAUGCCUCUGGAAGCGGCCAAUAUGGGGACCCCAGCACGCCGCCACGCCGGCUGUCUUACAGGCCCGACGAGGACGAGGACGAUUGGGACAUUGAGAGGGCCUCGGAACGACGUUCAGUACAAUACGCGUUUACGGUGCCUAGGGAGCCCCUGCGUGUAGUCAAUGUCGAUGUUCGGAGGGAGAGUUUUGAUACCAAGCCUCAGGAAGGAGAUGAUGGUGAAAGUCUACCAGAAGAACAGGCCACCACAGAGGUAGAGGUCGAGUCGGGCGGGAACGGGAGAACCGGAGAGUAUGUCGGGAUGGGCAGCCGAGAAGAUGAUUUAUUUAUGGGCGACGCGGCUAGCUCGUCCAGAGCCAGAGCGUCCUCGGGAUCAACGCCAGUCGUACGCGAACCGCAACUCAUGGGGUUCCCGCCGGGCAUGCCUGCGGGUGAUGACAACGAACAGGACGAAGGCCGUCUCCGCGUCCCGACUCCUCGGACCCCGACGUUUCCAAGAGACGGCGGCAACGACGAUAGGAAUGCAGAAGACUUGGAAUCCGGCGGCCUGUCUCCGCGUCAGCAGUCGGACAGGCGCUCGUUCGAGUCCCGGUUGUCGAUCGACUCCUCGGCCAACCACGUCAUCGGACUGGCGCAGGCCGUCAGCCUGACGAGGGGCUCGGCGCUACCGACGCCGCGGCCUUCACCGCCCACGAGAGUCAUGGAGAUGGUGGGGCGGAUCGAGGAGGAGGAGCAAAGGGGCGAGAGCCGCAAAAGCUCACCAGCCCGCAAUGCGCAGAUGAGGAAAUGA